GGCCUCCAAAUACCAUCAAUGAGUUGAAACCGUUGACGGCCGAAGUAUUGCUAUACUCAGCAUUGAUCACAUACUAACCCUUCACCUUCUACCUACUCCGAUCCAGCAACCCACUUGACAUCCUUUCUUCACUUCACUAAUCCAUCAUGUCCCAGCUCUCCUCUCAAGUACAAGAUCCCAAUUGGGUUUCCGUCCCCAUCGCAAAAUUUUCUCACAAUACCACACCCUAUGGAACCAAGUCUUUUGUCUGGACUCAUGUCAACAACAGGAAUGAUCUGGACCUCGUCAUUCGAAAUGCCCGUGUCGUCGAUGAUUAUGGCAACUACCAAGAGCGUAUUCUCAUGAAAGUUACUGGUGGUGCUGAGGUACUGGAAACCCAGGAUCUCGGCCAGCUGGUCACCUUUUGCCGGGAAUUUGAUCCUGCUUCAGGAUCAGAGUACCCAGUUGACAUCGUUGUGAAGAGUCCAUUCAUGGCCAUGAGAUAUCCCAAAACUAUUAACACCGUUCGUCGAAUUCAGGUGAAAUUGCGCUCUGACUCCGACUUCAAGAGAACGCUGGGCGUCAUGAAUGACCUUGGAUUACGCAUCACUUACAAGGAUGGAUCCGCCCCUACUGUCGCUCCAAGCCCAUCUCCUACUCCCUCUCUGGCCUUGUCAGCAAGUGCAUUUGGAGGAACUGCACAUCUGCUCGCAGAUUCACUGCCUCGACCAACAUCAUCAUUUACAAUGUCAUCGUCAACUUUGAGGAGUAGCUCACCGAUGAAACCAGAAUUAACCAGCUCGCCAGUUAAAUCCGACUUCAAGAUUCCUCUGCGAUCGGACACUGCGUUUUCUGAUCAAGGGCAAGCCAACCGCAUACCUUAUUCUACCCCUCAUACGACAAACACAUUUUCUACUUCAUCUGUUGGUUCGAAGAUUCCGCCAUUCUCACCACAGCCGAGGAUUGAAUCUCUCAAUCAACUCCCUGCUCAUCAAACUCACUCUCUGUUCGUCUCUCAGAUGGAGAGAGAGUCUCAACACCGGCGAAUGUCUCAGCCCAUUUUACCCCCUUCAAGUUCAGACAACACAAACACUCGUUUAGCUCCUUCGCUUUAUAUCUCCCAAUUGCAGUCGCAGCAGGACGAGGCUCUGGAGCGCGCGACGGCAACUUCAAGACUGUUGCCCGCUUCUCCAUUUUUCUCGUCAGCUGGAGACAAGAAGGUUUCUGGUGCGGAAAAAUCACAAGCCAUUGAUUCUCAAAGACCGUCCUCGACUCCAAUCGAGCAUAGCGAUCUGAUGAAAUUGUGGAUUCCACCGAAGCGCGAAUUGCCAUUCCCCAAACCUCGCAAAUCCAGCAAUUCCAAGUCUUCUUCGACUCCUGAUCUCCCAUCAGUGUUGCCAAAGCCAACUUCUCAAACAACCGACUCUCUCCCCAAGGCUCAGGAAGUCCAGGCGGAUGCAGCUUCGACUCCUGUCAAGAAGCCAGCACCCAAGAAGAGGGUUGCACAACGAAAAGCCACGAAUACAAAGCCGACCGGUCAGCAGGUGCUCAACGAAGAAGCUCCGGCGAACGAGAUCAUAAAAGAAUCCAUCCCUAAAUUGGCAAGCAUACAAGAAGAGCCAGAUCAGUUCUCUCCAUUGGCUGCUAAGAGUGCUUCUGCUUCAUUCCGCCCAGCGUCUGCUCCCGGGCUCAUCUCCAAAGCAAUUCUUCCUCCGAAGAAACGCACUGCACCUCCACCUCGCCCAGCUUCAAUUGCUAAACGACCCAAGAUGGUAGACGCAGCCACACAAACCCAAGCACUUUCAGGUCGUGACCAUUUCGCUGCUCGGAGCACUGCUCCAAAUAGUACUCCUGAUUUCGUAGCCGACACCCCCUCACCUGCAUCCCCACCAGAAAGCUACUUGAAUGACCUCGACGCUUUCAUCACUAAACACAAUCCUCAGCCGAAACCUAAGGAGCUCUGGAAAACACCACGAUAUACCGGGGCAGAUGAAGCACAUCGCCAGAUGAUGCUGAAUGACUUCAUUUGUGAAAACCUCGAGAAUCCCGACUUCCUUCAAUUGUGCCAGGACGCGGAGUUUGCCUGGCGACGAAUCGGACUUGGAAUGUAAGUCAAGAGAUCCAAUACUUGCUAGUAUCGGAGGUUCCCGUCAGAUUUUUACAGGCCUUCACGUGGAACUUGAGGGCUGAGUGUUGCAAACUGUGCAGACUUUGAGCUGAGCUAUGUACCAACAUCUGGCAUAUGAGGAUCAAGAGCUUGGCGAACAUGAGCAGAGGACAGCUUCGAGUAUCAUUGUAGUACUUGCAUAAUUCUAGUCAUUGAAGUCAAAAAAUUGCCCCUUCUGCAUUUAAACCCCUUUUUGCGUCAAUGGUUCCAGCCGGAUUUAGUUGCGUGCAUGUGGCAAGAGCUAUUGGGAACGCUCGUUGUCUGCUACCUCUGUUGAAUUCAUUCUCACAUCGAAUAAUUUAAC